AUGGGGUUGUGAUCAGGCGCGCGUCUUGGACUACUUCUGUUUCAGAGGGGUCUGGGCCAAGGGAAGACCCGGGAGUCACUGGAAACGCAAGAUGGCGACGGUGGCCGCAACCUCGGCGUCGGAGCCUGAGACCGAGCCCAGAGGUGGGCCCAAGGCCGAGGAAGAAGAGGAUGAAGUUAAGGCGGCUAAGACGAGAAGAAAAGUGUUAUCCAGGGCUGUGGCCACUGCGACGUACAAGACCAUGGGUCCAGCGUGGAACCGGCAAGAGGAAGGUGUGAGCGACAGCGACGGUGAGGAGUACGCCGAGGCUUCCUCCGCCGAGAGCUCCCCCGGCGAGUACGAGUGGGAGUACGAUGAGGAGGAGGAGAAGAAUCAGCUAGAGAUCGAGCGGCUGGAGGAGCAGCUGUCCAUCAACAUCUAUGACUACAACUGUCAUGUGGAUCUGAUCAGGCUGCUCCGGCUGGAAGGGGAGCUCACCAAAGUGAGGAUGGCCCGCCAGAAGAUGAGCGAGAUCUUCCCUUUGACUGAAGAGCUCUGGCUGGAAUGGCUGCACGAUGAGAUCAGCAUGGCCAUGGACGGCCUUGACCGGGAGCACGUGUAUGAGCUCUUCGAGAAAGCUGUGAAGGACUACAUCUGUCCUAACAUUUGGCUAGAGUAUGGCCAAUACUCAGUUGGUGGGAUUGGUCAGAAAGGCGGCCUGGAGAAAGUUCGCUCUGUGUUUGAAAGGGCUCUCUCCUCUGUCGGUUUGCAUAUGACCAAAGGACUGGCCAUCUGGGAGGCUUACCGAGAGUUUGAAAGUGCCAUUGUGGAAGCUGCUCGGCUUGAGAAAAUCCACAGUCUCUUCCGGCGACAGUUGGCAAUCCCACUCUAUGAUAUGGAGGCCACAUUUGCAGAGUAUGAAGAAUGGUCGGACAACCCAGUGCCAGAGUCGGUCAUUCAGAACUAUAGCAAAGCCCUGAAGCAGCUGGAGAAGUACAAACCCUAUGAAGACGCGCUGUUGCAAGCAGAGGCACCAAGGCUGGCAGAAUAUCAGGCAUACAUCGAUUUUGAGAUGAAAACUGGUGACCCUGCUCGUAUUCAGCUGAUCUUUGAGCGUGCCCUGGUGGAGAACUGCCUCGUCCCAGACUUAUGGAUCCGUUACAGUCAGUACCUAGAUCGGCAGCUGAAAGUAAAGGAUUUGGUUUUAUCUGUACACAGUCGUGCUGUUAGAAAUUGCCCUUGGACAGUUGCCCUGUGGAGUCGGUACCUCAUGGCCAUGGAGAGACACGGAGUUGAUCAUGGAGAAAUUUCUGUGACCUUCGAGAAAGCUUUGAACGCUGGCUUCAUCCAGGCCACAGAUUAUGUGGAGAUUUGGCAGGCGUACCUCGAUUACCUCAGGAGAAGGGUUGACUUCGGACAAGACUCCAGUAAGGAGCUGGAAGAGCUGCGGUCUGCAUUCACGCGUGCUUUGGAGUAUCUGCAGCAAGAGGUUGAGGAGCGUUUCAAUGAGAGUGGAGAUCCAAGCUGCGUGAUCAUGCAGAACUGGGCAAGGAUUGAGGCUCGGCUGUGCAAUAAUAUGCAAAAAGCACGAGAACUUUGGGACAACAUCAUGACCAAAGGAAAUGCCAAAUAUGCCAACAUGUGGCUUGAAUAUUACAACCUGGAAAGGGCGCAUGGGGACACGCAGCACUGCCGGAAGGCUCUGCACCGGGCUGUCCAGUGCACCAGUGACUACCCCGAGCACGUCUGUGAAGUGUUGCUCACCAUGGAAAGGACAGAAGGUACUUUAGAAGACUGGGAUACAGCUGUUCAGAAGACUGAAACCCGGUUAGCACGCGUCAAAGAGCAGAGAAUGAAGGCUGCUGAGAAGGAAGCAGCCCUGGUGCAGCAGGAAGAGGAGAAAGCGGAACAGCGGAAGAGGGCGAGGGCUGAGAAGAAGGCGCUGAAAAAGAAGAAAAAGCCCAGAGGUGCAGACAGGCCCAGAGAGGAGGAGGACGAGCAAGAGUGGGGUGACGAUGACGGAGAGCAGCCAGCCAAACGUAGAAGGCUGGAGAACAGUGUGGCCCUGGCUGGAGCGGCUCCCGGCACAGAAGAGGACACAGGGCUCGCUGAGAAACAUGCAGCUGUGGAUGUUGAGACCCCUUCAAAGCAGAAGGAGAAGGCGGCUGCCCUGAAGCGGGACAUGCCCAAGGUGCCGCACGACAGCAGUAAGGACAGCAUCACUGUCUUUGUCAGCAACCUGCCCUACAGCAUGGGGGAGCCGGAGGUGAAGCUCAGGCCACUCUUUGAGGCCUGUGGAGAGGUGGCGGAAAUCCGUCCCAUCUUCAGCAACCGCGGUGACUUCCGAGGCUACUGCUAUGUGGAGUUUAAGGAUGAGAAGUCGGCCCUUCAGGCCCUGGAGCUGGAUCGGAAGAGUGUGGAAGGGAGGCCGAUGUUUGUCUCCCCUUGUGUGGAUAAGAGCAAAAACCCUGAUUUUAAGGUGUUCCGGUACAGCACUGCCCUGGAGAAGCACAAGCUGUUCAUCUCAGGCCUGCCCUUCUCCUGCACGAAGGAGGAGCUCGAAGACAUCUGUAAGGCGCAUGGCACUGUGAAGGACCUCAGACUGGUCACCAACCGGGCUGGCAAACCAAAGGGCCUGGCGUACGUGGAGUACGAAAAUGAAUCCCAGGCAUCACAGGCUGUGAUGAAGAUGGAUGGCAUGACUAUUAAAGAGAAUGUCAUCAAAGUGGCAAUCAGCAAUCCCCCUCAGAGGAAAGUUCCAGAGAAGCCGGAAUCUAGGAAAACAGCAGGCAGCCCCAUGGUGCCGCGGCAGAUGUAUGGAGCGCGUGGGAAGGGAAGGACCCAACUCUCUCUGCUGCCUCGUGCCCUGCAACGACCGACCUCUGCCUCUGGGCAGGCUGAGAACGGCCCUGCCCCACACCCAGCAGGUGCCACCUCCACAGCCUGCGAGGCACCCAAGAUGUCCAAUGCUGACUUUGCCAAGUUGCUUCUGAGAAAGUGAAUGGGACUCCGAGACAGGAAAUGCCUUACUUCACUCCGGCCAGGCAGACCACCCACUGCCCAGCGGCACCCUGGAACGGACGGCAGGGCUGGUGCAGCAUCUCCGGGCUUCUAGGGACUCCUGUGGCUCAGACAGAAAGGGACAGAAAGAGAAAGCUUGUUCCAAGUAAAGAGCUGAUGAGUGCUUCCUCACAUUGAGGGCAGGCGGAGAGGAUGAUCACUUCCCAGGCUGGCCCGGGCUGGCUGGCCCAGCACACUUUUGUGUUCUGAAGAGUGAAGAACAGAAGUGGCACUGGAACAUGGCUUCUGCGACGCACUUGUUCCAGUGUUUUCGGCUCUUUUUAUAAGAUAACUUCUCUCACACCUUGCGUAGCACCUGUGCCCAUCACUCUUAAUUUUUAAAAGACAAAAGACGAAAGACGAGGUGGGAGAUGCUAGUGACUCACCAGCAUGGCCUACUUCAGUCAAGGUGGCAGGGGUGGGGGGUCACAUAAAACACUGGUGGAGUUUGGUUCAAGGAGGUUGUGCGUUUUUUCUAUUAUGUAUUUGUAAAUAACACAUCGGCUGGUUUUAUGUUUCCUACAAGCAGGAUGUUUGUCAACACUUGUUUUAUAUAGGGAUUCUGAGCGCCCCCUGCUGUGGACCAUUUUCUUUGCCUAGUGAGUAGUGAUCUGUAUUUUAUCUAAAUGUUGUUUCUUUCCUUUGGCUCUGUUUAAAUGCCAUAUCAACUGCAAACUUCAAAUGCAAAAUAUUUAGCUUUAUUAAAAAUAUUAAUAUUAAAAAUGUCUUGCCCAGUGGUACCACGUUCCCAAGUGGUUUGAAAUGGGUGUACCUUGCUUUACCUAACAGUUGUGUAAAUAGAAUUUUGUAAGUCAAAUCCUGUUGUCACUUUGGUUUAAAUUAUUUCAGCAGUGAUGUGUCUUUAGUUUUAAACUUGAAAUUACAGCAGUUGACACUUGAGCUUUUUAAGCUUUUUUUACCUCUAUGAUGAAGCAUUUGUUACUUUGAGAUCAGCACUGCCAGGUCAGUAGGGGAAACUGUAAAGGCACUUCAGAGAAAGAACAUCAGGGGAUCCUUGUAUGUGUCACGGAAAUAAUCUCAUCUAUGUUUUUGUACGUUUCAGUUUCUGUGGAUCAGUCAGCUUCCUAAAAUUUUUUUCAAAUUUAACAUUUUUCUAAUGGAAAAGUUUGAACACAUAAAAAGUAGACACAACUGUAAAAUAAACUCCCAUGUGCCCAUCAGUGAGCCUUGGUAGUCCUCACCCCGGGCCCAUCUCACUGUUGUUUCCCGGCCACCUCCUUCCCAUGUUAGGGACAUCAGCACUAGCCAGGGACACCCAGCCAGGGAUACGGUUAUAUGUAACCAUUAGCAGUAUAAUUCCUUCAUGUCUUCAGCUACUCAGAGCUCAAUUUCCUAUUGUCUAAUAUCAGUUUUCCUUCCCUGUAAACGAUCACCAGCUGAUGUGCUUCUUAAAUCUUUUAAAAUGUAGGUUUCUCUCCCUCCAUCUUUCUUUUAUCAUAAACAUUUUCUCUAGGUGCUACUGUUGGAUUACGCUCUGGCAGUAGCUUUUGGAUUCCCCUGGGGCACGAGUUGUGGGCUGGUGAUUGGGUAGAUGGGAGGGAGCCUGUGGCCUGUGCCCUGGCCCGGCCCUGAAGAUCAUGUGCAUUUCUACCCUGUGCAGGUUAAGGUGGCUUUCCUUUUCCUACUCCCCAGGAACUGUUUUGUUCCAGUGACUUUAUGCUUUCAACAUGGGCUGUGACGGGGUGAGCCUCGACUUGAGCAGGAUCCUAAAUUUAGGUGUAAGGUUCUGACUUCUAGAAAUGGGCUUCCUGGGACACAUGUGAGUUUAGGUGUUUUUUUUCCCAGAAAAAUCAAGAACUGAUGGUCAACAGAAACAUGAAUUUUUUUUUUUGUAUUUUAGUAAAAGAUCAGUAAUUCAGCCCCAUUAACUCAGGCAGUUUAGGCAGCUGGAUCUAUCUUGCUUGCCUAUUGAUUUGACCACAUUGGAUCUUUUCUUUCCCCUGAACUGUUCCUCUGACAGUUCAGAGUUAGUUG